UCCAGUAAGACGAGGCACUUAUCAUAUUAGAAUGCUUGGGAAACAGAGUGGCAUCUACCAGUCUAUAUUUAGCAGCGGCAGCCAAAAAGCAGCUGAAUCAGCUGACUGGAAGCUGCUACCCUGAUGUGCAGCCUUGGUUUAGACAGCAACACACUCAGUGCUGGAAAUCAAGGAGAACAGACAGCGCAGAAGAGAGACGCUGAGCCUGGAGAUUUCGAAACAGUCCAGCCAUAGCUGCCACAAACAACAGUCAGUAAUGGCUCCCCGGAUAAGACUGAACAUAGCAAAGCCUCUUCCCACCAUAAGUGAAGCCCUUGAGGAUAUUCUAGAUGACAUAACAAGCAACACAAAAGGUUUUGGAAAUGCUUGCACGAGUCCAGAUUCUUCUUCUGGUGAAGACUACCUUCAGUCUAUCUGCCAGCUGGCAAGACCUACCUUCCCAGUACUACCAGAGAGUCAGCGUAAAGUUCAAGAUACAGAGAAACUGGGAAUGCUGCAUAAUAGUCACAGGGUCUUCAGCUUGUCUGAGACACCAAAAAUGGUCUCCAGGUAUAAAAUAACUGACAUUCUGCCUAAUGUGAGGACAUUCGAAAGAAAUAGCUCCAUUCUAGAUCGUAUCAAAACCUACUCGAGCUCUAAAGUCGACCCGCUAGAAGAGUUGUACACGGAAACUGAGAGGACUCAUCAGUGGAGAUAUCCUAAUGGAAGUGAGAACACUGACCAUUCACAACAUAAUUUUCAAGGCAUCGGUGUAUCUGAACCUCAAGAAAAAGCUAUGGAGAAACCAGGUGCUGUCAGCUUCCCCAGACUUCCCUCCCCAAGACCAAUGCAGAGAGAAAACAGCUGCCCAGAGCUAAAAAGUCUGAGAAACCAAGGCAAGAUGCCAACGCUGGAAAGUAGCCCAUAUCAGAAAGAGACUGACCCGCUCAUUGUUAAUGGUAAAUCGAUCUGGCUGCACCCACCCAGAGAAACUCCACCAGACACCAAGAUUUUGAGAUAUUCACAAAGGGGGCAGCAGACUCUGAAGGCAGCAGCUUUCCCUGAAAGAGAGCAGCAGCCAAAGCCUUCCAUUUAUAAUCACAAUGUGAAGGGAGAGGUGAGCAACCGAGCAGGCUGUGUGGGAUACUUCCACGUUGACAAAAGAAACACAAGCUGUGACUGGAUUUCAGAAUACCAAAGUGCUUGGAAAGAAGCAAAGGUGAGAGCUUGCCUUCUGCCUGCCAUUGCAGAAUCAUGAAUUGCUGCUUUAUGCGAAGAAAAGACGGAGUGUUUAUGUGCAGCCACUGUCCGCUGCAACGUGCAUUGUCCAGAUGAGCUGGAAAACAUUCAGAGCUUCAGAGUAUCAAGUGUGGAGAAGAAAUUGCAGCGCUGAAAGGAGAAUGCAUUGCAGACUCGGUGAUUUUAGCUAUUCAGAUAAUGAGUUGUAAUGAUUAUACAUUUUGUAACCCCUUGUAUCUUUGGCUCUGUGGAAAUAGAUGGUUCCCCCAUCCUAAUUAAGUUCCUCUCUUAAGUGCGCUCAGAGUUCAAAUAUACAGUUCUGUAGAAGCAUUUCUUGACAGCAGAAUUUUAUAAUUCUGCAUGUGCAGAUCCUGCACAGAAAUAUUACCUGUGCAAACAUUUUUAAAAAAUUAAUCUAGAAAACAGAGUGGAAAUACAUAGGCUUCAUCUACCCACCCAAAGAGCAACUUCAGUCUUGCUGGAUUUUUACUAUCAUCGCUACCAAUGCAAAAUAGAAAACUAGUCCAGAAGGGCCUAGAAGCAAAGGCCUAAGUUAAUAAGGGCAUAAGGACACAAGAAAAGGCCAGCUGGAUGAGACCAAAAGGUUUGUUUAGUCCAGCAUCCUGUUUCCCACAGUGACCCACCUGGGGAGCCCCCAAGCAAGGCACAAAGUCCAUAGCUCAGUGGCUGAGCAUCUGCCUUACAUGCAUUGAACCUUACAAGUCCCAGGUUCAAUCCCCAGCAUCUCCAGGGAAAGUUGGGAGGACUCCUACCUGAAGCCCUGGAGAGCGGCUGCCAGUAAGUGUAGACAACCCUGAAUGGGAUGAACCAAUCGCCUGGCUCAGUAUAACACAGGCUCCACCCUGUUGGUGGAAAUGUUCAAACAACAACAUGCUGCCUCUCAAAAUGGAGGCUUGAUAUAGCCAUCAUGACUAAUGGCCACUGACAAACCUUUAUCCGCCGUGAAUUUGUCUAACCCCGCCUUAGAGCCAUUUAAUGACAAUCACAUAUUGUAGCUUCAAGUCCCACAACUUAAUUAAUCUGCUGUGUGAAAAAGUUGUCUCCCUUGAUCGUCAGGUUCCCAGGUAGAUUAUAUACUCAUAUGUAGAAGUUGCAGUGUCAGCUACUCAGCAUUCCCUGUUGCCUGUUCCUCUUAGCCUUUGUCAUUUCUCCCUCCCUGCCUUCCUUUUUAUAGGGCUUUGGCCCUGCCACUCAGCUGCCACUUCCUUGGAGGAAGUUGGGUCCCAGCUGCUUCCUGAACAAUGGUCCAACAACCCUGUAGCCAGCUCCUGUUCACCUCCAUCAGGUUACAUCUGCUAAGUCAUAUAAACAAAUACUUUUUAGUUGUUCUGUAAGCAUAAUAACGAAGCAACAUUGUCUUUGGCUUUUGGUUACUCUAGUCUAGAAUAAGCCGUAAGGGAACACAGUACUUUCUUCACUGCACUGAAGCAGAGGUGUGAAGUUCCUGUUUCUCUUAGAGAGGAGGAGGCGACCUGUCGUUUGGUCCAAGGGAGAGAAACAAGCUGGUGCUUGACACCUUUUGGUGUCCAGCUCUAAGUGGCUCCCAGAACCUUUUCCUCUUUUUUUACACUUACAUGGAAAGUGAUGUUUUAAUGCAGCUUAUGUCUAUUGAUAUAAAAUCCGUAAACAGAA